AUGACUAGACUACCUAAUUUCAACGACUUUUUGAGUUUGGAAUUGCCUGCCCAAGUAGACGUCUUAGAUGUCUUAUUUGAGCAUACUGAUUCGCUUGUUUGGUUCACGCUUCAGAAUAAGCAAUUUAUGUCUGGCAGAUGGAGUUCCUAUAAAGAAUUUCUCGAAGCCAUCAGGAGUAGAUUACAGCAGGUCUGCGAUGACACGGAAAAAGAAGGUAUUAGCAGCCGAGGAGUAGAUCAUUUGGCUAACAUAAUUGGAGCUCAUCCGAGACUAGGGGAACCGAAGGCAAAACUUUCUGAACACUCUAAAAGAGAACAAUCGAAACUUACAGGUACCGGUAAUAACUCCCCUGAUGUUCUUGCCAAGUUGAAGCAGUUGAACGAUAAGUACGAAUCAACGUAUGAGGGGUUAAAAUUCGUUGUUUUUGUUAACGGAAGAUCUUAUGAGCAGAUCAGUAAGGUUAUGGAGCAAAGGAUAAACUCUGGUAACUCAUGGUUCCAGGAGUGUCGGUUAGCCGUGGACGAGAUGGUCGACAUUGCGCUUGAUAGAUUAGAUAAAUGUAGCGAAAUGAAAGGAAAAAUAUGA